UGUGUUAGCGAUAUUGAAUAUGACAGAAAUGCUCGCAAAGUUAGGAAUUUAUUUCGAUGACUUGACCAAAAUACGAAUUCUCGAACCGGAAGUAGCCGAACAGACAAAUGAGCUGAAUGAAGAAUGCAAAACUUUUGUGGAAAGUAACUAUAUUUUCAUUAAUUUUGUAUAGCGUGAGAACAUUUAACAUGCGGUAUGCAUUUGGUCGUUUGAAGGUGGUAGGUAAUAAGGUAGUAAAUUUUGGUUCAGUGUGUGUCCACAGCCCCGAAAAGUUUUACAAAUGAAAACAUGCUACGUUGUAGGCUGUACAUCAAUGUUCUUUACUUCAAAAUAACAGAAUUUCAAAAACUAGUUGAUGGUUUUAUAUCAGUGAUGGAAAGUUUGGCAAAAGAAGUGGAAAGGGAGAAAAUGAAAGCAAUUGGAAUAAGAAAUAUGCUUAAGUCUGUAGCAAAACAGAGGGAGUCUGAGCAGCAACAAUUACAGGCGCUAAUAAUCGAGAAAUCCACAGAACUGGAACGGCUUCGAAUACAGCAUCAGUCAUUACAGAAAACUGAACAAGAGCAAGAAGACAUAAUUGAAAAUCUGGUACUGAAUCACUGAUUUUGAAAUACUUGUG